AUGAGCAGCUACGAUUACUACGGCGGGGACGGUUCUCACAACCAGCACCCGCCGCAACAGCAGUAUGGCCAGCAAGGGCAAGGCCACAACUACCCCCCUCAGCAGCCGGCGUACGGCCAGCAGCCGCACGACCAGUAUAGCCAGGGGCAAGGCCAGUACCCUCCCCAGCACCAACAGCAGCAUAGCCCCUACCCCCCGGCGCAAUCGCCAUAUCAGCCCCCACAGCAAGGCUACGGCGCGCCACCCCAGGGCGACUACAACCAAGGCUACGACCAGAACCGCGGACACUCUCCCUACCCCCCGCAACAGCAGCAGCAGCACUACGGUGCGCCGGCGCAGCAAGGAUACGGCGACCAGGGCUACGGCCAACACCAGCCACAGCAAGGUCAAUACGGCCAGCAUGACCAGUACGGCCAGGGCCAGGGCCAGUAUGGAGCACCCGGAGGUCCAGGAGGUCCUGCGGAGGGCGACCGCGGUCUUGGCUCGACAUUAAUCGGAGGUGCGGGCGGCGCGUUCCUGGCCAACAAGAUGGGUGGCGGCGUCUUGGGCACUGUUGGUGGCCUCGUGGCAGGUGCUGUGGGCGCGAACAUGCUCUCGGACAAGAAAGACAAAAAGAAGGAGAAGAAGCAUAAGAAGCACGGCAGCGGCUCGCACCACAGUGCCUCAUACGCUGGCAGCGCCGGACUAGGUGGACUGUAUGCCGGCAGCCAUAGCGGCAAGGAGCACAAGAAGCACAAGAAGCACAGGUCGAAGAGCCGCGGCGGAUCUAGCAGCUCGUCUAGCAGCGAUUCGGACUAG